GAACAUGACCGUCAGGUGACAGCGUAUUUCUAUCGAUCUUACUAAUUCGAUCGGUGCUUCAAACCGGUGGAACACAGCUGUCUAUGUUGCGUGAAAUGCCCCUAUGUCACGCCCCAAGUAGAAGUCUGGCCAGAUAACACAUGGAUUCACCAGAGCCACUGUACUAUGUCUGGACCGAAUAUGUCCUCAGUGCUCGUCCCUCCGAACUUGCCACCUUGUUGGAUAACCCUAGAGUUCGCACUGCCACUUCUAAAACUAGAUGCAAUUUGGAAGUCACUCGACGAGUUCUCAACCGACGAAUGUACGAUCAGUGGGCCAGGUACUCCAUCGUGCGAAUCACUGGACCUGAUGACCAGUCGAUUAAUCAAUGUAAUCGUAUGUUGGAGCGCGCUAUCCCGUUGUAUCAGCAGCGGAUAGAAUAUUCCCGCCGGGCGCCUGUUACUUUGUAUUCCAAAAAUGUUGAAGCUGAAGGUGAUUUUCGGUCUAGAGUAGGGCACUUAGCUUUGAGUUCAGGAAAAAAACGUCCGUCGAGCGAGGGCCGUUCGAUUAGUACCAAGAAUGAUCGGAAUAUUGACUCACCAUUUGUGCAGACAGGCUCUUUUAUUCUGGACAUGAGCGGUCAUGUGCAAGUCUCAUACGAUGAUCCUACUUCCCUACGUUCUGGUGGUAGUCAUGCAAAAUUAGAUGCUAAAUUUAGCACUCGAUCUGCUGUCACAACCUCAUCACACAGCGACGAGCAGCUCGGUGCUCCUUCUCCCAAAGCAAUAUCUGUCAUUAAUUCUGCGAUGAAUACGUCUGUCAUACAGGAUGAUGGUAAGGCUUCCCUCUCAUUUGCGAUUUCCGCGAAAUCUGGUGACUCACUUGAGGUUAAUGCCAUUGGUCAGGCCGAUGUGGCGAUGGUUCACUCGGCCACCAGCGAUGUGCAUCUGAAAAACACUGCAACUUCAGAUGGUCAUAGCACCUCUGUUCUGCAUCAAAAUCUGCCUAACACCCUCUCGGGUGAAUCCGCCGCUGAUUCUGUCGGUCGGAAAGCACUCGGACUUACACAUGGAGUUGCUGAUCACCAAGAGGAUAUUGAUGCUGGAGCUGAUGGUUUACCAGCCCGUGCAGUGUUAACUACUCAAGUUUCUUACGAAUCGACCAUGUCAAUGACUCAUACUGAUCAUCCACCUUCAACGAAGCCCACGGAGGUGCUCUCUCAAACUUCACCUCCUAGCGAUGCUGGUCAGCCAGAAGGGGAACGUUCCGUUAUUGACAAGGCGUAUAGUGCGGUGGGGACAACCUUGCUCGAACAGCCACUUAAUCUGGAGUCUAAUGUGAGGGCGAUGAACGAAUCGCGACCAUGCACUGCCACUAUCAAAACGGAAGUAUCUUUUAAUCAAUGUUCUGGGCCAGAUAGUCAUUUCUUUGCCGAUGUACGUAUUUCGGUUCAAUCUCGUGGACCUACGGAGGAAAAUGUGGUUGCUGUAGACCCUACUAUCCCACUUCCCUUGGAGAGCAAGGCUGCAGUCGCUGUGUUAAAUACAGACGCGUUCACUGAAAAAAUAGAUUACCCGCCACAAAAUUCUCUCAUCGAUACAAACGUUGUCACCCACCAUAAGGAGGCGCUCCCAACUUCCGAAGACAAUGUUUUUAUACCUGAGCAAUCUGCUGCGAUUCCGUCGACCAAUAGCGGCUUAAAUGAUGUGAGCACUGAACAAAACAGUUCCCGGAUGAUCGCAUCCGUCACAAGUGGUUCUCUGGCUCUUAGAUCCUCACGAGCUGCCGGUGUGCCUGCUGAGGUUCUUGAGGCAACCUGCCCCUUACCGGCCAAUAGUUUGCAGCGGCCCACGGAUAAAUCUCAAAAUUCCACUGCGUUGACAACGACUUCUACCAAAUCAGAGAAGAAAUUGACGCUGCAUGCAUCCGGCCCAGCCUCUGGACCUCAUUCUACCCCCGCUAACUCAGCUGAUGCGCGACUUGUACUCACGGAAUCCGCUCAGCUUACCCAGAGUGAUAAAGCUACCAAAUUCGAAACUCACACCGCGAUCCAAAUGUCUGUCAGUCACCUAGAGUCAGAGGAACUAAUCGAUCUAAAGGAGACUAGCGUUCAAGAAGUCGAAGACCUCACCAAGCCUUUAGCCCAUCCUCCCAAGGGCCAACCCUCUUUGCCACUACCGGCGACGAAUUCUAACCCAAAUCCCCUGUCACCGACCCCCGAGGGUAGAAUGCAUACUUCACCCGGUGUACAACCCACUAGCCCUGUUUCUAUUACCACAAGUAUCAGUACCAAUCUGGAGGUGCACGUGAACCGUGAGACUGGUCAGAUUGACUUUUCAUUCGAGGUGAACGGCACUCCUAUUCCCUCGGCUUUCGGUGGCGGAAAUGUGCCCGCCCACGACCCGUCGUUUUCGGCUGAGUGGAAUUUCAAACUCGAACGCAAUGCAGCUUUCGGUCCCGUGGGUGCUAUUGUCUCACCAAGCGAGACUCCUGCUAGCACAGCCAACGGUUUAAUGCGGAUGAAUUGAUUUUGGUCAUAUCCCGGUUUGGAAUCCUCAUUUCACACCUCAGAUCUACUGUCAUUCUGACACAGUUGGGAUCAGUUUUAGACCUUGAUUUCGCUUUCCAUCUUCUCACACCUGCGUUGCUUCGGUGCUAAAUUGACGCGCAUUUUCGCCACUUUGAGACGAUCUGUGUCCUAUUGCUUCACCAUCUCAUUCUCUGGACGUUGACGCAGUGUGCUGACCACCGCUUAUGGGUGCAUUCCCUUACUUUGUGUCCACCAGAACCACUGGGUUUAUUCUUGUUUUCCAUCUGUGGCAUUUGCGCUGGAUCCAACCGCUGAUACUGUUUGUACUUCUUUACUUCUUUCCACCAUUGACGAAGCAUAGAUUCGCCCCAUUACUUUUCACCUCGGUUGUCUCAUUGACAAAUUUGUCGCAUAAAAAGACAAAUCUCUGAAUUGA